UGGACACAAUAUUUUAUCUUAUUUAUUUUAUCCGGUACUGAGGAUCACACAUGCGAGGCAGCUUUCUACCACUGAGCCACCACUUUAGCCCCCUUGCCCACUUUUGAUAACAGAGCUUCUGCUUCCUGUUGGAUGCUAGAGAUAUAGAUGUUUGCGAUUCUUCCUUGCCCUCAAGUCUCCUGGGGUAACGGGGAAUACGUGAUAGGACUUGGUAGAAGAGAACUGUGGUCAUGUGGUUGCCAUGGCACAGGGUGGAGGAAGGGCCAGGUCAGAAUCAGCUGGUCAGUGAUUCUCAAAGCUUGGUUCCUGGGCCAGCAGCCUGGGAGGUGGUUGGGAAUGCAAAUCCACAUCCAACAUGGAUUAAAUCAAAAUUUCUGGGAGUGGAGGCUGACAGUCUGUUUCCAAGUCCUACAAGUGAUUCUGAUGCACACUGGAAUUUGAGAACCAGGCAUCUGGGUGGGACAUGAUGGUGGCAGGGUGGGGGUCCUGGCAGCGGGAAUGUAGAGGAAGACUCCCUGACAUUUAGGAAAUAGAAUGUACCAGCCUUGGUGGUUGGAUGUGGGUGAAUGAAGGGGAGGGGAGCUGGGAUGUUGGCUUGAGUGACUCCAGGUCUCCAUUGGGUACACCUGUCUGGUCCUAUUCUUGCCCCCCAUAGGGGUCUUCCAGCCUCUCCUCCGAGCCUCCAGCCAGUGCUCCCUCCUCCCCGCAUUGCCGUGCAGAGAACUCCCUUAUUCACAAACAAGCAGCUCCCAGCCCAUCCGUGUAGUCAAGGUGGUUUCCACAGCAGUUGACAUCAGCGUCCUUGUCCCCGGGGAUCCCAGCACCAUCCUGCCUGCCUGCCUGCCUGCCUGAAGCACCUGUAUUAUCACGUCCAGGAGUGGAGAGGAGGCAGGUGGACUCCCACUUCUCACCACACCCUAUUUUGGAACUGGGUGGGGUCAGAAAGGGCCAGUGACCUGAGCGGAGGAGAGGAGAGGAGGGAGGGCAUAAGGGGAGGCGGAGCCUCUAGGUGGCCUCUUCUCUCUGCACUGAGGCCCCAGCCCAUUUGGCUCUUUGACAUUGGCGGGAGCAGCAGGAGCAGCAGCAGCAGCAGCACUUGGGCCAUGGCGGAGGACGGGCCGCAGAAACAGCAGCUGGACAUGCCGCUGGUCCUGGACAAGGACCUGACCAAGCAGAUGCGGCUGCGCGUGGAGAGCCUGAAGCAGCGUGGGGAGAAGCGCCAGGACGGCGAGAAGCUGCUGCGGCCGGCAGAGUCCGUGUACCGCCUCGACUUCAUCCAGCAGCAGAGGCUGCAGUUCGAGCGCUGGAACGUGGCGCUGGACAAGCCCGGCAAGGUCACCAUCACCGGCACCUCGCAGAACUGGACGCCCGACCUCACCAACCUCAUGACGCGCCAGCUGCUGGACCCCGCUGCCAUCUUCUGGCGCAAGGAGGACUCGGACGCCAUGGAUUGUAACGAGGCCGAUGCCCUGGAGUUCGGGGAGCGCCUGUCGGAUUUGGCCAAGAUCCGCAAGGUCAUGUACUUCCUCAUCACCUUUGGUGAAGGGCUGGAGCCUGCUGACCUCAAGGCCUCCGUGGUGUUCAGCCAGCUCUGAAGGGGCCGCCCUCUGCCCCAUCUGCCCCCACCCUCUUCCUGCCUGGACCUCCCUUCCCCACCUGUGUUUUGGGGGACAUUCUUCUAGCUGCUCAGCCUGGAUUCUGUGUGGCCAGAGGCCCCCUGAGUCCAUGUCCUCCCCUCCUCCUCUCCUUUUCCCUGGUGUCAGAGCUCUGGCUCCCAGAAAGAUCCCACGGCUCUGUAGUCUAGAAGCUUCCCUGACCACCGAUGCCACCCCCUGUAGAUGAUAGAGACCUGGUAGGGGCCCAUGUGGCAGAUGGAGAAGCUAUAGGCACCUGCCUUCUCUGCUUCAUUGAGAGGGAGUGAGACAGUCAAAGACCAAGAGAGACAGAGAUUCAAACAACCAGCCAUCUGGCUUCCUCCAGAGACGGGGAGAUGGAGAUGACAGGAGCAACCUCCUCAGGGAAUCCAGGAAGAAGGCUUCUGCUCUCCGCUGGACGCGGCACCCUCGGCCACCCUUAUCAGGAGGUGAACACCCAGCCUGAGGACUCGGGAAGGUGCUGCUUCUGCAAUGACCCAGUGUGGUCCCAGGAUGCCUCAGGACCCUCAGGACAUGGGGCAGGGUUGCUGCAGGGCUGAUUUGGGUGGUGGGGGUGGCUUGGGGUUUGUCACCCAGUGCUGGCUGUAGUGGAGAAGUGAAGGGGAGCUACAUACAGUCACACAGAUCUGUCUACCUGUAUGCACACAUCCAUCAAGACGGCAUGCAGGGCUCACACAGUGCACACUAGGGUCUAUUCCUGCCCUGUGGACACGUCUAAUUUUAGGUUAUCCAUUGAAAAAUUGCUGCUGGUUCAAGGGUGACUUUUGGCAAGGGGUUGACUGACAUGACCUGGGUUGAGCCCUGUUGGGGGCUUCCUGAGCUGGGAGUCUUUUGAGAUUCAUACAGUGAAGUGGGAGCAGUUUAGUAAGGGGUUUCCUUCUGCCUGGGGGAGGCUGGAUAGAGGGAUCCAGGGUCCUGGAGCUAGAGAUGGCAUGUCCCCUUGGGGAAGCAGGCCUCACCAGCUCACUGGACAGAGAGAAGCAGGCAUUUCCUUCGAUUAGAGCAGCUUUGGCAUUUCCUGGGCUGCUUUAGGGGAGCUAGGGGAGGGGUGGGUAAAGCCUAAGGGGGUGGUUACAAUGGCUGAUAAUCUCAAGUGGGCUGCAGGUGACAGCAAUGUGAUGGAGAACACUGGCCUUGGAGGUCACUGGGGGGCAUCCACUCACCAGAUGGGGAAACUGAGGCGCAGUUACUGGCAGAUUCAGUUCCAUCCCUAGCCUCAUUCUGCUUCCCAUUGCACAGGCCCAAAGCCCCCAUUUUGGAGGGGCCUGACCUGCUGCCUGGAUUCAGACACGGGCACCUCUGCAAGUGCCCCCAACACCUUGUUGCAAGGCUGGCUUUGUUUGGCCCUGGCCAGAGACAUCCUUUGAAGGUCCAUCAGGGCACUUGGCCCUGAGAAGAGAUGUACUGAGACCUAGAGGGUCAGAACCAUCCCCAGUGGUGGGGCUGGUGGGGGCAGGCCCCCUCUCAGAGAUGUAGAAGGUGGUGUCGGAGUCAGGAUUCUAUAGUGAGAGAUGGGCUGUGGUGAGCUCUGGGCUGUGGUGAGCUCUGGUCCUGUGAAACUGUGGCUCUGGGGUCUGUUCUGGGACAUGUUUGGAGAAGUGCUGGCCUUGCCUAUAGCCAUUGCUGCCUUAUUCUCUGCUAACUGUGGGAUGGGAGGAGGUCAGACCCCAGGGCAGUUCCCCCUUUCUGCCUCUUUGCUUGCCCUCUCCUCUCUGGACCCCCCAGACUGCUCUUCCCCACUCUGUCCCAUCCUGUCUUCCUGGGAGGUCCUGAGUGCCUCCACUGUGCCCGAUGUGCGUGCCCAAUAAAAGCCGUAUGUCCUGC